AUGGCCGGCCACUAUGAUGGGCCGUUGGACAUGCCAAUUGAGCUGAUCUACCCGUUUGACGAUCUCCCUGAUGGAUCGACGAUCGUCGAUAUCGGCGGUGGCAAUGGCCAGAAUGUGAUCCGUCUGGUUAAGUUAUAUCCUCACCUCGCUGCCAUUGUACAGGACCACGUCAGUGUCAUAUCCAAUGCUGAAAAUACGGUCAAGGAAAGUUAUGGGGAGGAAAUAGUUGGCCGGAUUACUUGGGAGGCGCAUGAUUACUACGCCCAGCAGCCUCAGAAGGGAGCUGAUAUCUACUUAUUGAGCCACGUCUUGAUGGACAACAAUGAUGAAAAGUGUGUCAAGAUGAUUCAAGAAAUUGCGAAAGUCAUGGACCCAGCUAAGUCGAAGCUUUUGAUCCACGACUUCGUAGAUCUUCCGAAAACUGUUGGGGAGGGUACUCGUCUGAUUGACAUGCUCGAUCUACACAUGAUUGCAAGCCUCAACACUCAUUCUCGUACUGAAUUAGAGUUUGACAGUAUUAUUGAGCGUGCUGCUGGCGAUUUAGCUAGUCCAUUGAUAUCGUUUAGUGAUAUUACUUCCUUACGGAGUAUGACGGCGCCCAAUAUUUCUAACUCCUUGACUGCCGUUAUAUCAGGCACUGCUCUGCCGCUGAUUGAUAAGCAGGCCAUAGUUAACUACCUCGGUGCCUUAGCGGCAGGAGUUAUUGUCCUUUUUCUCUCCCUAAUAGCUGUUCACCAUAUUUUUACCAAGCUCCACGCCUAUAUAAAACUGCGCCAUAUACCCGGUCCGCCGUUGGCCCACCUCUCCAGCUGGCUGCAUCGGAGAGCUAUCUUACGUUAUACACCAGCUCAAUGGUAUCACGAUGUCAUUGAAAAAUAUGUCGCCAAAAUCGCACCCAAUCUCAUCGUUACAUCCUCGCCUGAAGUAUGGAUGCACGUUACCACCAAGCCUGGCUACCCUCGCUCCGAGUGGUUCUUCAGAGCCAUGCGUGUCGACUACCAGCAUGAUCAUCUUUUCUCACUAACAGAUACUGCCGAACAUGACCGGAGAAGGAAACUGCUAGGCCCUGGGUUCUACGGAACAGAAUGUUCCUACGAAUUAUAUAUCAAUGAGCGUCUUGAGGAAUUACUUCUUCUUAUCAGGUCCAAAUACUUGUCCUCCGACUCGAAGGUGGUGCCCAUGGACAUCGCAGCAAAGGUUCAGUAUUUUACCCAUGACGUUAUCACUGCCAUUACUUUUGGCAAGUCCUUCGAGAUGGUCCAAAAGGACGCUGAUACAAAUGAUUACAUCAAAUCCAUAAAAGAAGGAUUCCUAACCGCCAACAUUCUGGUUGUCUUCGGGCUUGCGAAAAUUUCUCAGUCAUCACUCAUCGGCCCAGCUCUAACUCCUGUAGCCACCGAAGAGACUGGAUAUGGAAAACUACUUGCAGUCUCUACCGAACUUAUAAAGGAGCGCGAGGCGAAUCCUCGCGAAAAACCAGAGGAUAUGCUCGACUCAUUUAUUCGGCAUGGUGUUAAAGGAGAUGCCCUGCGGUCCGAGGUUCUUGACGCUCUAGUCAUUGGGUCCUUCGGACCUUGCUACUCUAUCUGCUCAGUGAUUCUACACACCUUAGCAAAUCAGGACGUCCUCACUAAACUCCGGUGCGAGAUUAAUGAGGCAGUUGCUACAGGUAAGGCGCCCCGGACAGGGGAGGGGCUUAUCAGCUUUGCCCAAGCCAAGCAACUUCCAUACCUGCAAGCCGUGAUUCGUGAGUCACAGCGAAUGCUGCCGCCUAUAAUUGGCCUUUUCCCUCGCGACAUUCCUCCUGGGGGAGACUUUGUCACUGUCGCGGGCAAGACUAUAUUCCUGCCUGGAGGCGCAUAUAUUGGACGAUCGGUGUAUAGCAUGUUCCAUUGUAAAGAAACUUACGGCCAAGACGCCGAUAAAUUCCGUCCAGAGCGCUGGUUUGAAGCUGACGACGCUAAGCUUGCAAAUAUGAUUCGUGUAAACGAACUUAUGUUCAACCACGGGAAAUACCAAUGUAUGGGAAAGGUGAUCGCUCAGAUGGAAAUAGCGAAGGCCGUGUUUGAGGUGAGUGUCGAAAUUGUCAGCAGACAUAGCCAUAUUGCUAACAGUGUGGAUGGCCAGUUACUACGGGAAUUCGAUUUUGACGUUGUUAGUCGAGACAAAGACCCCUGGAAGACAAUUGAUAUGUUUGGGAUUUGUGGCGUGUCAGAUUUUUGGGUACAUGUAAAGAGCGUUGAAGGAAAAACACAAAUAUAA